AUGGAUAGAAUUUGUCAUUGGCGUCAACAAGCGGAACAAAUUCAUCUCAAUCGAAUGUGGACAGAAGAGAUCAAUGAGACUCAGCUGAAAGAUCGUUUAUUUCGACAAUUUUGUCAACUAUUAGAUCGAUUGCGAAAAGAAAAUGACAAUGUCUAUCGAUUGUUAUCUUUGAAAGAACAAUGGGCUCUCUGGUUGAAAUCAAUGGAUAAUAAGAGGCAAAGUCGACGAUGUUUUCGUCUUUUCUUAGAAGAACAAGGCUUCAUUUGUGAUGAUGUGCCUCAAGAUGGUGAUAGUUUCUUUCAUUCUCUAUCGAAACAAUUGCGAGGAAAUAAGACAUCCGAUGAAGUGAAAAACGAACUGAUCCAACAUUUGAUUGAUCAUGCUGAUUUGUAUCCUCAAAUCGGUGAAGAGGAACGUCAUAAAGCUGCAGCUGAGGCGUUGAACGUCACGUUGAUCAUUUAUCGAACAGAUUCUCAUGUUCCACAUGUUUACGAAAGAGAAAAUCCGAAUCAAAAUUGUGUUCUCGGUUACGAAGUCGAUUUGUAUUAUUUCUCUCUACGAGGCCGUUCAUUAUUCUACUGUGAAUCGAAAUCUCCAAGACAAGAGCUUUUCGGACAUUUGAAGAAUUUCCUUGAUCGAUUGAAGAAAGAGAAAGACAAGCUGUGCAAACAACUAGCCACACCGAUUAUCGAUCAUGAUCUAGAGAAAAGUUUUACAAUCUUUGCCAAUGAAAUGACGAAGAAUUAUUCUCAGGAGAAUUUCAUUCGCAAUCCAUGUUAUCAUUUGAUGGAAGCGGAGAAGCUGAUCAAAGACAGCCACAUGGUCCAAUACUUUUCGAUCAUCAUGGGAACACCUUCCAUGGACUGA